AUGGUUGACCCAGUAAGCGAACGUAUCAUGUUGCACAUGAACAAGGAACAUAAAACUGCCAUAGAAGACUACCUCGUCUACUAUGGUAAGGUUCCAAUGACUGAGAAAAUCAGUGAUAUCUGGAUGAUAGAACUAGAGAAAGAUCAUUUCACAUUACAGUUCAAGCAUAGUGAGCUUGAGUUAGAGUUACAGAAGACUAUCAUAUUUGAUCCUCCUUUGAAAGACUGGAGCGAGGCCAAACCUCGCUUUAUAGAGAUGUCCAAAGAAGCGGCCGCAGGAAGAGGUUACUCGCACAUACAAGUGAAAGAUAUAGACUACCCUUCCGUUCAGGAAUGGUUAUUGAUUGCUCUUAUCUACUUACCUGUCCUCAUCUACUUCAAGAGGGACGUUAUUGAUUCUGUCCCUCUUCCUGAGAUAGUUUACGAGGUCAUUUCACAAGAUGUCGCGCUACUAGGUAUUAUAGCCGGGGUGUUUAUUUGUCACAAUAUUGAAUGCUACGUGUUGCUCCGUCCAAGACUAGUGAAAUACAGAGUCCCUAAGGACUACUCGAUCGACUGGUACUUUUUUGGACUGUUGGAAGGAUACUCAGCCAUAAAGAGGUUCGACAGAAUGGUUCAAAAGAUGCUAGAAAACAAUGCCUAA